CAAUGAUUCCUUUGUCAUGUCCAUAAACCCAAUGGACCUUCUGAGAAAGCCUACGAAACAAAAACACAGAAAAUUCCACCGAUUAAGAAAGGAAGCCUCCUUCGCCGGAAUAAAGAAAGAAAAAAAAAACAUGGCUCCGACGAAGAAAGGAAAGAAGAGCAAUUCGGCCGCAUCAACGACGGCAAAACCCACCGCCGAUAACACAUCGAGCUUUCCGUCAUGUUUGCGCCUCCUUACGCCUUCCUCCGUCGCCAUCACCAUCCACGCGAAGCCUGGUUCCAAAUCUGCCUCCAUCACCGAUGUGAGCGACGAUGCGGUGGGCGUUCAGAUCGAUGCUCCGGCUAGGGAUGGUGAGGCUAACGCUGCACUUCUCGAGUACAUGAGCUCCGUGUUGGGGGUGAAAAGGAGACAAGUUUCAUUGGGUUCAGGAUCCAAGUCUCGAGAUAAAGUUGUGAUUGUCGAGGAUAUGACCCAACAAAGAGUCUUCCAAGCUUUGUCUGAAGCAUCAACAAAAAAACCUACCUAAAAAUCUCCCCAAGGCUGUAACUUUAUGGAGGAAACGAAGCACUAGAAGUUUUUAAGUGGUUGAUUAAGAUUUUUCAGAUUUUUCAGAUUUUUCAGGUAUAUUAUGGUUAUAUGCGCUUUGUAAAUCUUCAGACUAUUGCUUGUUAUAACCAAGUUGUGUUUAGUCUACUCCUGAUUGAUCUGAAGUCAUGGUGUCCUUUUUAACUUGGGAUUUAGGAUGGCUUCUUUAUAUGUCUUUGUUGAUCCUUAUUUGUUUUUACUUCGUUGAAGUCAAAGUUGUGUACACUACUUGGCUAUCUGCUAUUUUGUUGAAUACAAAGAAAGCUAUUAGCUUCUC